AUGAUGCGCUCAAACCGUGACGCUCGCUCUCCCUGGCAUCGACAGCUAUCACUUUUACUGAAAUUGCUUGCUGUCUUGUCUCUGGUUGCUUACCUCUUCUUAAACGUGACGAUAAUUGCAUAUCUUCCGAACACCAGGACGCCCUCUCUGCGCUCAAGUGAUCCUCCGGAUAAUACCGAUGCCGCCGCUCACAUUCAAGCGGUUCGAGCCAGCGAAAAAGCCUGGUGGCUGCGACCAGAGACAUAUGGAAGAAAGCAUGGCUGUGAUUUCUCGGCGGCGGUGGCAUUAUUUAAGCCCGAAGAACUGGAGCUUAAUUGUGUUAAUAUGGACAAGUUAGAAAAGGGUGAGUUUCUGGGCAAAGGAUUCUGGAGAGAAGUAUACAAGACGAAAUGGAAGGGACGGGAGGUAGCAGUGAAAUAUGUCAAGGAGAUUCACGUGAAUCGAACGGACAUUGUUACUCGUCAUGUGGAGGAAUGCGCUUCUAUUUUUCCAAUACGCAACCAACCCAAUAUCGUAAAAUUGGUGGGCUGGUGCAAAACAACGGUGGUGGUGGAGUACAUCCCCCAUCAGCUUGACAAGCUGGUGUUUGAGUCGAAGGAACCAAUAUCGGUUCGCCGUGCUCUGGAGCUAGCGCGUGAUGCUGCGCGAGGUGUCGCACAGCUGCACAAUGCUCCAGGAGGCCCCUUCGCGCACACGGAUCUGCAAGUGCGCCAGUUUCUGGUCGAUGCCAACGGCACGUUGAAGCUGAACGACUUUAAUCGUGUAAAGUACGCGGGACUGCGUUUGGUGGACGGUGUACCAAGUGGUGAAAAGUGUAUGUUUGGAUCUGAAGUCGCCAAGGGAAAGUGGCGGUCCCCAGAAGAGUACCAGCAUCUGCUUCAAGAUGAAAAGCUGGAUAUUUACAGCUUAUCACUAGUGUUAUGGACACUUCGAGCACGGGUCAAGCCGUUUCGGAUGUACUCGAAAAGUAAGGUAUACGAGAUGGUGCCAAAAGGUGUUCGGCCGUCAGUGGAGGAAAUGAGCGACUAUCCUCAGGAAAUGCAAGAUCUUAUCGUCAGAGGAUGGGACAACGAUCCUAAGAAACGCCCGACCGCUAAGGAAAUGGCUGACGAGAUUGAACGUAUUUUGGCGAACUAUAGAGAUAGCAGAUAG